AUGACAAUGAGCUCCGUGGCCGAGAGCUUGCUGGGGUCCGACCCCUCCAAAGCCGCCUUCCUGGAGCUCGGCCCCCCCCAGCACUACCCGCUACACGGCCUCCCCCCCGCCGGGCACCCCCAGCACGACCCGCCGCCCUUCGCCUCCUACGGCCGGCCCGGGCAUUAUCCGUACCCCGGGGGGGCCCCCCCACCGCCCCACGGGGGUCCCUACCUGCCCUACCCGCCCCCCGGCGCCCCGCACCCCCCGGCCCCCGGCGCCAGGCUACAGGACACAGAGCACGAGAAGCCCCUGGCCGUGCCCAACGGGGAGCUGCGCAUCAGCGGGAAGGGGAAGAAGCUGCGGAAGCCGCGGACCAUCUACUCCAGCCUCCAGCUCCAGGCGCUCAACCAGCGCUUCCAGCAGACCCAGUACCUGGCGCUGCCGGAGCGCGCCGAGCUGGCGGCGCAGCUGGGGCUCACCCAGACCCAGGUGAAGAUCUGGUUCCAGAACAAACGCUCCAAGUACAAGAAGAUCAUGAAGCAGGGCUCGAGUGCACCCGACGGGGAGCACCUCCACGCCACCCCCUCCCUCUCCCCCUGCUCCCCCAACAUCCCCCCGCUCUGGGACAUCCCCGUGCCGGGAAAAGGGCCCCCCCUGGCCCCCAGCAGCUACAUCAACAGCUUUGGAGCCUGGUACCAGCCACACCCGCAGGACACCAUCCCCCGGACCCCCAUGAUGUGA